CAUCUGUUGAAUGAAUGAAAUCUGUUUUUCAUCAGUAUUUGUUUGACAUGGAGUGUAAUAUUUUAGCAAAAAGAAAAAGAAAAAAACCUACCUGAUAUGAUUUUAAACAAAAACAUCCAUAAACAGUCAAAUAAAAUAGCUUAGCAACCAUUGAAAUAUCGUUCGCAACUCGGUUAUCUGAUGUUCGAUGAAUUGAAUGAUAAUGGAGUUAUCAAAAAUGAGUUUUCUUUGCCCGACAAUCGUGAUCGUUCUACGUUGAGUAGAAUUCUAAUAAUUCAAUAAUAUGGUGAUAAAAGUGGGACUCCUUGGGUAUGGACAUUUGGGUCAAUAUUUAGCUUCAAAAAUUGUACAAGAUGAAAAUUUUAAGUUGAUAUUCGUUUGGAACCGCACAAUAUCAUCUCUUAGAGGAAAAAUUAAUGAAUCCCUGAUCUUGGAUAAUAUCGAUGAUUUUGUUCUACACAAUGUGGAUCUUAUUGUGGAAGUCGCUCACCCCUCUAUUACUAGAUCUCAUGGAAAAGUCAUUUUAAAGCAUUGCAACUACAUGGUCGGAUCUCCUACAGCCUUAUGCGAUGAAAAUUUACUGCAAGAUUUAAAAAGGGCUGCAACAAAAAAUGGACUUUAUGUUCCCAGUGGAGCCUUUUGGGGUGGAGAAGAUCUGAGGAAAAUGUCAGAUGCAGGCUUGAUGCGAAGUCUUAUUGUUACUAUGAAGAAACAUCCUAAAAGUUUGAAAUUAGAAGGACACUUAAAAGAAAAAAAUGCUAUGGUGACGUCAGAGUCCACCCUAUUGUACGAAGGUUGUGUUCGUGAUGUUUGUGCAUUAGCGCCGAACAACACGAAUACAAUGGCUGCUGCUGCUUUAGCAGUUCCAAGUCUCGGAUUCGACAAUGUUAUAGGGCGUCUGAUCUCUGAUCCAGAACUAAUAAACUACCAUAUAGUUGAGAUAGAAGCAUUUGGAUAUCCAAAAGAAGAAGGGUCUUGCUUUCAUGUCCAUACUAUCAGGAAAAAUCCAGCUGUCAUUGGAGAAGUUACUGGAGAAGCUACGUACGCAGCUUAUUUUGGAAGUUUAAAAAGAGCAGCUGGAAAAGGACCCGGUUUGCAUUUGUGCUAAAUGUUUCUUAGAUCAAGAAGUUGGAAAAUUUAUGUUGAAAAUAUUGAACAGACCAAUUUACAAUUUUUCAAAUACAUCAGCGCAAUGACAUCACAUAUUGGAACUUUUCGAUGUCACUGCAACAUGGACAAUUAUUGUAACCAAUAUCAAUCACGAUCGUUAAAUGUCAU